AUGAAAAGGGUUAGUAGGAAGGAGACGACAGAGAACAAUUCAAAGUAUAUGAUGAGGUCAAAAGACCGACAUGAGAAAGUCUCUCUUUCUCUUACAAUGGAUCUGAUAACAGAGAUUCUUACCAAACUGCCUCCUAUAUCGGUGUGCAAACUCAUAUUCGUUUCAAAACUCUGGUUAUCUACAAUCCAAGGGAAGUUUUUCACCGACUUGUACCUUACUCGAUCUUUGACUCGGCCACUUCUUAUUUUCCAAUUCUACUGUCCUGCCAAGCGACACUUUUGCUCUUCCUCUCCGGAGAAUCUAUCUCAUGAUCAUUCCAUUACUCCAAAAACGAUUCCAGGUUUACAAAUUUCUCCACCAGUCCGUGGUUUAAUCUGCUGUAGAGAUAAUGAUGCUAAAUUGUUCAUUGUUGGCAACCCUAGCACGGGUCAGUUCUUAACUUUACCUAGAGUAGAAGCUUGGAUGAAGACAGCAAGCUUUUUUGGAUAUGAUCCGGUUAAUGAUCUAUACAAAGUCUUUAACAUGACAUUAGUUAAAGACAAACAAGGAUGCUUUUUAAGUAGUGAGCAUCAAGUUUACACUCUAGGAGCUCAAAACACAUGGAGAAUGAUCGAAUGUAAGUGUCCCCAUUACCCUCUAACUCAAGGUAUAUGCAAUAAUGGCGUUGUUUAUUAUGGAGCUUGGUCUGGCUGCUCUGGCAGUCAAGACAAAAGAUCUGGCGUAGUAGUGAGCCUUGAUAUGAGAUCUGAAGAGUUUAGUACUAUGACGUUACCUGAGGGUGUCAUAAUCACAGGUCAGCCUAAUUUGGUGAGCUACAAUGGAGCGAUAGCCUUUGUAAAUCAAUCACCUAACGGAAGAUUCGACUUGUGGGUUCUGAUGGAUGCCAGCAAACAAGAAUGGACAAAAAUCUCUUUAUUGGUUCCUUGCUGGGAAGAUUUAGUUGGGAAGGACAAAUUAUGUUGCAGGGGUACUAUUAGUAGCGGAGAGCUAGUAUUUGAGCCAUGCUAUUCCCCUUGCAAGUAUUUUAUUAUCUGCUAUGAUUCCAAAAAGAACAAGGCUAGAAGAGUUGACGUUGAAAGAAGUAGAGAUCACUGUGUUAUUCGUACGAGAAUCUUCGUGGAUCAUGUAGAGAGUCCUAUGUUUCUUCCAAGGACAGUUUAA